UUCUACAAAAUAGACUUCAAGGAUUUUUUCUAGAAACUACUCAACGAAACGGAAAUGCAGCAUUUACUUACACCGAGCCGACCAACACUGAACAAAGCCUCUACACAGUCCUGUCUGAUUAUCCACAGAUACCAAUAUUAGGCGUCACAAUUGCUGCCAAAUAUUACGAUCGUGGCUUGAGAAUCUUGACACUCUGCGAGGUGGAGAUGUACGGUGACGCGGUGUGUCCGGUGGGAAAAUACGGAAAAGAAUGUGAAAGCACGUGUAACUGUGAGAAGGCUGAACCGUGUUUUGUCAGUACUGGAGGAUGUCCUUCGGGCUGUGCUGCAGGCUACCACGGGGAAGGAUGCAAAACACCCUGUAGCCAAUCAUAUUACGGAGUUGACUGCUCACAGAAAUGCAGCACCAACUGUAAAGACCAACUCUGUCAAUCAAAUGACGGAACCUGCCUGUCUUGUCAGUCAGGAAAGCCGGGACCAUUCUGUGACAAAG